AAUAUCAGUGAUGUCUUAACUGAUUUAAGUAUAUAUCAUACGUUAAUAUCAUCAGGCAUGGUUCAUAAAGGCUUUGCAAAACGUGCAUCAGAAUUUCCGUGUGAUACAUUAAUGAAUGAACUUAGAACUACUCAUAAUUAUCGUAAACGCUUAAUAUUUACUGGUCACUCAUUAGGUGAUAGUAUUGCACAUUUAUGUGCUAUAUUUAAUUUAGCUAAUAAAAGUUAUAAAGAAAAUCCACAAAUAUAUAGUAUAGCAUUUGGUUCACCAUUUAUUGGUAAUCGUACUGUUGCUGAAGCUUUAAUUCGAAAAAAUUUUAAUAAUCAUUUUUUAACAAUAAUAAAUCAAAAUGAUAUUGUACCAAAUAUAUUAAAUCUUGUUGAAACCAGUACACAUAUUCAAUCAACAUUAGCACCAAUCAUUCAACAACGUUCAGACAUCACUAAAACACUUCUUCCAAACAUUUCAUCUAUAGCUCGUGUACCGAAGGGGGUGCUUACGUCAUCGAUUAAGACUCUAAAUUUAUUGAUACCAAAAUUGAAAAAAAUUUCAGCAAAAUUAAAGAAUACAAAACAAUAG